AUGGCAACCCUCAAGUCCGUCGCCUUCCUCUCAUCCCUCCUCUCCAUAGCCCAAGCAAGCCCCUUGCUUCACCGACGGAAUGACACAGUCACAACGUUCGACAACAACGUGAUCUUCGUGCCGCCCUCAGACUACACGGACCCCCGGGUCCUCUACGCGCGCACCACCGAGCUCACACUCAGCGACAACGUCCUCCUCGCGACAUGGGAGAACUACUCCCCCGAGCCGCCGCUGGUCUACUUCCCCAUCUACAAGUCUGUCGACCACGGUGUGACAUGGGAGCCCAUCUCAAACGUGACGGACCAGGUCAACGGAUGGGGCUUGAGAUAUCAGCCCUUCCUCUAUGAGCUGCCCGUCGACUUCGGCGGGUUCCCGGCCGGCACGGUGUUGGCUUCUGGGAACAGCAUCCCGACCGAUCUGAGCGAGACCAAGAUCGAUGUGUAUGCGAGCACGGAUGGUGGUUACACGUGGGAGUUCGUAAGCAAUGUGGCUUCGGGCGGCGAGGCGCUUCCCAACAAUGGGCUGACGCCCAUCUGGGAGCCAUUCAUCUACCUGCAUGAUGACCAACUGGUCCUGUACUACUCGGACCAGCGCGACCCAGACCACGGCCAGAAGCUCGUCCACCAGACGACAACGGACCUGCGCACCUGGGCCGACCUAGUCGACGACGUCGCGUACGACGAGUACACGGACCGGCCAGGCAUGACGACCAUCGCCCAGCUGCCGACGGGCGACUACAUCCUGACGUACGAGUGGGGCCACAACUUCUCGGGGAGCUACUCGUUCCCGGUGACGUACCGCAUCAACGCGAACCCGCUCGACUUCGACAGCAGCGAGCCGACGUCCAUCAAGGCCGCCAACACGGGCACGACGCCGACCGGCUCUCCGUACGUGGUGUGGAGCAGCGUCGGCGGCGAGAACGGCACCAUCAUCGUUAGCUGUGGCAGCCUGAGCACUGUCUUCACGAACCAGGCCCUCGGCGCCGCGGACCAGUGGUACGAGCGCGAGACCCCCCAGCCCGAUGCCUACACCCGCCACCUGCGCGUCUUUGCCGAGGACCCGGACAAGCUGCUCAUCGCUGGAGGUGGCCACCUGCCGCCGUCCACUACGAACGAGGUGUCGCUGUCGGUUGUCUCUAUCGAGGCCCUGCUCUCGUGA